AUGGAUGGAGGAUCAGUAACAGAUGAAAAUAUAUCUUCAGGAGAAGGAGUCCUUACCACCAGUGAGUAUGAUACAGAAUAUACUCAAACCCCAAAAUAUUUCUAUAAGGGUUCAUGGGCAGAUGGAGGAUCAGUAACAGAUGAAAAUAUAUCUUCAGGAGAAGGAGUCCUUACCACCAGUGAGUAUGAUACAGAAUAUACUCAAACCCCAAAAUAUUUCUAUAAGGGUUCAUGGGCAGAUGGAGGAUCAGUAACAGAUGAAAAUAUAUCUUCAGGAGAAGGAGUCCUUACCACCAGUGAGUAUGAUACAGAAUAUACUCAAACCCCAAAAUAUUUCUAUAAGGGUUCAUGGGCAGAUGGAGGAUCAGUAACAGAUGAAAAUAUAUCUUCAGGAGAAGGAGUCCUUACCACCAGUGAGUAUGAUACAGAAUAUACUCAAACCCCAAAAUAUUUCUAUAAGUGUUCAUGGGCAGAUGGAGGAUCAGUAACAGAUGAAAAUAUAUCUUCAGGAGAAGGAGUCCUUACCACCAGUGAGUAUGAUACAGAAUAUACUCAAACCCCAAAAUAUUUCUAUAAGGGUUCAUGGGCAGAUGGAGGAUCAGUAACAGAUGAAAAUAUAUCUUCAGGAGAAGGAGUCCUUACCACCAGUGAGUAUGAUACAGAAUAUACUCAAACCCCAAAAUAUUUCUAUAAGUGUUCAUGGGCAGAUGGAGGAUCAGUAACAGAUGAAAAUAUAUCUUCAGGAGAAGGAGUCCUUACCACCAGUGAGUAUGAUACAGAAUAUACUCAAACCCCAAAAUAUUUCUAUAAGGGUUCAUGGGCAGAUGGAGGAUCAGUAACAGAUGAAAAUAUAUCUUCAGGAGAAGGAGUCCUUACCACCAGUGAGUAUGAUACAGAAUAUACUCAAACCCCAAAAUAUUUCUAUAAGGGUUCAUGGGCAGAUGGAGGAUCAGUAACAGAUGAAAAUAUAUCUUCAGGAGAAGGAGUCCUUACCACCAGUGAGUAUGAUACAGAAUAUACUCAAACCCCAAAAUAUUUCUAUAAGGGUUCAUGGGCAGAUGGAGGAUCAGUAACAGAUGAAAAUAUAUCUUCAGGAGAAGGAGUCCGUACCACCAGUGAGUAUGAUACAGAAUAUACUCAAACCCCAAAAUAUUUCUAUAAGUGUUCAUGGGCAGAUGGAGGAUCAGUAACAGAUGAAAAUAUAUCUUCAGGAGAAGGAGUCCUUACCACCAGCUCAGAUCCAGCUCAGAUUUUACUCAGCUCUCCAUCAUCAUCAUCAUCAUCAUCAUCAUCAUCAUCUUCACAACCCUCAUCACCAUCAUCAUCAUCAUCAUCAUCAGAAUCACCACCACCACCACCAUCAUCAUCACAAUCACCAGGAUCACCACCACUACCAUCAUCAUCAUCACAAUCACCACCACUAUCAACAUCAUCAUCAUCAUCAUCAUCAUCAUCAUCAUCAUCACUACCCUCAUCACCACCACCCUCAUCAUCAUCAUCAUCAUCAUCAUCAUCAUCAUCACAAUCACCACCAUCACCAUCACCACCACCAUCAACAUCAUCAUCAUCUCCACUGCCACCCUCAUCAUCAUCAUCAUCAUCACCACCACAAUCACCACCAUCAUCACCACCAGCAUCAUCAGCAUUAUCAUCACCACCACCAUCAUCAUCAUCAUCAUCAUCAUCAUCACCACCACAAUCACCACCAUCAUCACCACCAGCAUCAUCAGCAUUAUCAUCACAAUCACCACCAUCAUCAUCACCACCACCACCAUCAUCAUCAUCAUCAUCAUCACCUCCACAAUCAUCACAAUCACCAUCAACAUCAUCAUCAUCACAAUUACCACCACCACCAACAUCAACAUCAUCAUCAUCACCAUCAUCAUCAUCAUCAUCAUCAUCAUCACCAUCAUCACCACCAGCAUCAUCAGCAUUAUCAUCAUCACCACCACCACUAACAUCAUCAUCACAAUCACCACCACCACUAUCAUCAUCAUCACCACAAUCACCACCACCACUAUCAUCAUCAUCAGCAGCAGCAUCUUCAUUGUCAACAAUAUCAUCAUGUAUCAACAAUAUCACAUCUGACUUUACUCCAGCUUCUCCUCCAGCAGGAUUUCCAGCUUCCACUGUGAUCACUGUGUCUGUAAUUCUGCUGCUGCUUCUGAUUGGAAUUAUAAUCCUCAUUCUGACUCUACAAAAGAGAUGCAUAAUUAAAGCUUCUCUUGGCAUGUGUUGUGUACCAGGCUCAGGAAACAUCCAAGAGGUUCCUGUUGUUUUUGAAUAUGAGGAGAUUAAAGACACCAGACGACUUUCUGAAACUUCUACUGUUUACUCCAAUGCUCAACUACCCACAACUCCAUCUGUUUAUGACAACACGGUGCUACACACAAUAAGUUCCUGUGAGACUAUUUAUUAUACUGUUCAACUACCCACAAUCCCCUCUGAUCAGGACACCUUCUCUACAGUUCAGUUACCCACACAUCUCUCGAAUGAGGCUGAAGGUCUGACUUAUGCAACAAUUAGUUUUCACUCUAAUGCCACCAGCACUAAUGAUGCAGUUCCACAGUUUAAGGAAGACGUCUCUAAUGAAUAUAGUUCAGUCCAUCACAUUAAUUCAUCUGUUUAGUUUAGCAUCAUAAGGGUUAAGUCAUACAGUGCUGGAAUAAUUCUUUAUUCUUCAUCCACUUCCUCCUCCCCCUCUUCCCCUUCCGCUUCACUUUUCUUCUUCUUCUUCUCCUUUUUUCCUCCUUUUUUUUCUUCUCCUCCUUAUUUUUCUUUUCCUCCUCCUCCUCCUCCUUCUUCUUCUUCUUCUUUCUUUUCUUCUUCUCCAUUUUUCCUUCUUUUUUUCUUCACUUCCUUUUUCUUCUCCUUCUCCUCCUUUUUAUAAUUUCUUUCCCUCCUCCUGCUCCUUCUUCUUUUUCUUCUCCUUCUUCCUCCUUCUCCUUCUUCUUCUCCUCCUUCUCCUACUUCUUAUUCUUCUUUUCCUCCCUCAAAACAUUAACUGCAGCAAUUGGCACCAUACAGGGGAAUUUUCAUUAACCUUUCCACUGACCAAUCACUCAUUGUUUUCUCACACAUGCACUUGUUUGUUUUUCAUUUUAAACCAUGGCCACAUUUUCACACUGUUUUAUAUCUGGACUCCUGAUUAUGAUGCUUCUCUCAAAUAAAAGUAUACUAUAGAAUGUAUAAUAUUUAGUAAAUGUGUAAAAAGCUUAGUUGUAGCAGCAUGACUUAUUUCUAUUGAAAUACGAUAAGAUUCUA